UCUGUAACUGCACCAAUACACUUUUAAACACACCAUGGAUUAACACUUCUCGUCUUGAACAAACUCUUCUUCGUACUUUGAUAUCCCUGGCAUAUUUAUUCCAUCAUGUUUCGCGUGGCCGGUCUCCGCGCGCGGUUCGCAGUCGUCGCCAUACUCGUCAUGGCCCUCUGUUCAUUUCUCCUCCUCGGCCCCUACAAAGUAACUCCAGGCCACCUUGCUUUCACGACACCCGGGAGGGAUUUGGGUCAUACUAGCCAAAGCCUGCUUACGGGACACGCAAUCGCGCCAAAGCUGGGAAACGCGACAGCAAAAGCAGAACUUGGUCGCGCGGCCUGGAAAGUCCUUCACACAACCUUCGCCCGCUUCCCCGAGAAGCCUACAGAGGAGGAGAAAGAGGCGCUACGAUCAUAUGUUCACUUGUUCCAACGCCUGUACCCAUGUGGAGAAUGUGCAGAGCACUUUGGACAAGUGCUUGCCAAAUACCCUCCCCAGGUGUCGUCCCGGACAGCGGCAGCCAUGUGGGGCUGCUACGUACACAACAUUGUCAAUAAAAGGCUGAAGAAGCCGGAGUUCAACUGCGAAGACAUAGGCGAUGCGUACGAUUGCGGAUGCGCAGAAGAAUAAUUGGGCAAUGGCACAGCGGCAGGGACGUCCUGGUGACAUAGAUCAACAGAGGACAAGGGAGAAAGGAAGACUCGGGCAAGUCAUGAGCCCUGCAAGA